UGGGUGUUCUAGAUAUCAACUCUCUCUACUCAUAGCGGCGCACGCACUCACACACUCAUAUAAACUCACCGCUCCGCUUCAUUCGCAGGCCCGGACAGUGUUGAUCAUGAAGCCGUUUUUAACGAGUUUUAUUUAUCUGGCGCUAUUAUGUAGUAGAUUAUCAUGUGACAAUGACACAGAGGAGGACGAGCACGCCAAACACACAUAUACGGUGGAGAUGUUCAAUGAUGCCAUCUCUACCGCUCCACACUUCGUCAUGUUCUUCGCGCCCUGGUGUGGUCACUGUCAGAGGCUGCAAGGAACCUGGAAUGAGUUGGCAGACAAAUAUAACAGUAUGGAGGCUCCUCCUGCGUAUGUUGUGAAAGUCGACUGCACAAAAGACACUAAGUUUUGCUCCAUUGAACAUGGAAUCCGUGGAUACCCAACUCUGAAGUUGUUUAAACCUGAGCAGGAGGCUGUGAAGUAUCAGGGCCCACGAGACCUGCAGGCCCUGGAGAACUGGAUGUUAAAAACCUUGCAGGAGGAACCUGAAGAGCCCCAGAGUGAACCAGAGCCACCCAAAGUACCCGAACCCAAACAGGGCCUGUAUGAACUCACAGCUACAAACUUCAAAUCACACAUCGCUAAAGGUUCUCACUUUGUAAAGUUCUUUGCACCAUGGUGUGGGCAUUGCAAAGCCAUGGCUCCAACCUGGGAGCAGCUCGCCAGCAGCUUUGAGCACUCAGACAGUAUCAAGAUUAGCAAGGUUGAUUGUACUCAGCACUAUGAAGUGUGUUCAGAUAAUCAGGUUCGUGGUUAUCCAACGCUACUUUUCUUCACUGAUGGAGAAAAGAUCGAUCAGUACAAAGGAAAGCGUGAUCUGGACUCGUUUAAAGAGUUUGUGGAUAACCAUGUGAAAGCUGCUGAAUCUAAAGAUGAACCCGAGAAAGAGGAGGAGCACACUCACGAAAUCCCACCCAGCGCUGAACCUGAGAAACAAGAGUCCAAUGUUCUGGUCUUGACUGAGAGCAACUUUGACGAGACUGUUGCCAAAGGACUCUCCUUCAUCAAGUUCUAUGCCCCAUGGUGCGGUCACUGCAAGAACCUGGCACCCACCUGGGAUGAUCUAUCACAGAAGGAGUUUCCUGGGCUGACUGAUGUGAAGAUUGCCAAAGUGGACUGCACAGUGGAGAGAACGCUCUGCAACCGAUUCUCAGUGCGUGGUUACCCAACACUCCUAAUGUUCCGGGCGGGGCAGCAGGGGGAGGAGCAUAACGGAGGGCGGGACUUAGAGAGCUUGCACAGUUUCAUCAUGAAGCAAGCAAGAGACGAGCUGUAACCCUUCCCUUAUUUCCCAUCUCCUUCCUCCACAAGACAACACUAUCUACAUUCACAAUACUGUCAGGCACACCUCAUUUCUGUUCCACAGCUGCUGAAGUGAGGACAAUCUCUUCCACAUGAUACAAUGUGAAUGUACAUCAUUUCUUCAAGACCAUUUGAGAUUAUUACCCUAAUUUUGCCCCUUUUUUUCCUUAAGUAACACUAUUAUUAUUUAAGAUGCGUCUUUUGUAAUAGUUAACGGUCAUAGGGUUGCACGAUAUUGGAAUUUGAUACCAAUUUAAAUUUUAAAAACGUCCGCUUGAGCACAUCCUUAAAUGGAGCUGAUUUGCCAUUGUCUGUGAUUGGCUGUGAAGAUCAUCAGUUCACCAAACUUACUGCUGUUUACUGAGUGUAUACACCGAUACUGGAGCAUUUCAAAGUCACGUCGAUCAGCUAGUUUGUCUAUAAGCUGACAUAAAAGUGAUCCGCUGAUGUAUCGCGGCUUUAAAACACUCCAGUUUCCCUGUAUCUGUGUUUACACAGUAAACAGCGGUGAGUUUGGUGAACUGAUGACCUUCACGGCCAAUCACAGUCAUUUCUGUUGAGCACGUGAACACAAUGUCAAAUCAGUGCUCAGUUUAAACCUUUAGGUAUGCUGGCACAACUCCGAUAAAUAUUAAUAAGCAAUUAAAAUGAUGAUAACCUAUGGCUUAAAGGUCAAUCAGGUGGUUGUGAUGCCUGUUAAAAGGUUAAGAAUAUACUCAAGAGCGCUAAAAUGUUAGCGGGAAAUGGACAUUUUUCAAAUUUCAGUAUCUAUUAGUUCCGAAUUCCAGUAUUUUGACAACCCUAUUGCAAACCAAGCUGAAUUUCCUCAUCUGUAAUUAAGAAUAAGAAGAUAUGACCUCAGGGAAACAAUGUACCAUCUUUAGAAAACAAUGGCGUACCUGUUGUCUAUUCUGUGUUUCCUCAGUUCAGUGUGAUACACACUUGGAAACAGCACUUUGACCACCUACUAAGUCUUUCUGUUGUGGAUUUUAUUGAAAACAACCAGACGAAAGAUGUUUUAGGCAGUCUGAGAGAUCUACUCAAACCAGACAUGACCGAGCUAGCUGGUUUAGAUUGUUAGCCAUAAUUAAAAUCACAACAUUCGAACCGGCUCAAUGGCCAGCAGGCCACUUUAUAGUGGUUUAAGCUGGAUUUCUACAGAAAGGAGGGUUGGUUAACUACUUUGAAUGGUUAAUCUGUCUUCUAAACGUUCUUAGUGCUUAUAGGGAUAUCAGUGGGUUGACAUUUUAGGUCUGUCCGCUGUAUUGGCUUUGUAUAAUGCAUUUUUGUUAAUUUUACAAGGAUAACACAGUGAAUUGAUGGAGAGUUGAUCAUUAUUGCUGUAUAGUUGACAGUUUAUGGGGAAAACGGUACAGCGAGUUUAGUUUAUUUUCAGAUUUUUGUUUAUUUUCCAGGUUUUUUCUUUGAUUUGAAUACACUUAUUCGUUUUCGAAAUGUUGUCUGUGAUGCAGUUUUGGUCAGCCACUUUUAAUAUUGUUAGUAUUUACGGUUUAAAACUCUUGAAUUUCAGACACUAGCAUAGCUGAGUUUCAUUGAUUUAAAGCUCUGAUGCACUCCAGUGGUUUCAUUGAUUUAAAGAGAUGCAAUUUACAUCUUUCCUUUCAAAUGUUCCCACACUGAGAUGUUUAUUUUUCUCUUUUACUGGAUCUGAAAGAGAAGGAAGGGAAAAGCAAUCAGAGAAACCGCAUAUAUUCAGUGAAGUCUUUAUGGGAGGCACGUGGUCAAGGCCGACCUCAAUGAAAAACGCAGUAUUUUUGUCCUGUGAGAGAGGGGUACAUACACUGCCCGGGGGUUUUUGUACAAAAGUAAAAAAGGCACAUUGUGACAGAUUUCAUAAUAAAAUGUCUUUUUCCAAAAAUA